GGGGCCGGUCUCGGGCGCUCGGUGCCACCGAGGCUUUCUGUCCCGCUUCGGCCGCCGUCGGCUUCCCUUUCGGCCCCGUCCUCCGCCUCCCGGCGCGUCCGCUUGGCCCACCGCUCCGGCCCCGCCCGCCAUAUAGCCGCCGCCGCUGCCGCCGCCUUUGGAGGGAAGAGAGAGCGACGGACGCACGCAGGCAUGGAAACCAUGGCGAGCCCAGCAAAAGAGAACAAUUACAGAAUGAAGAGCUACAAAAACAAGGCACUGAACCCCGAGGAGAUGCGCCGGAGGAGAGAAGAAGAAGGGAUACAGCUACGCAAACAGAAGCGGGAGCAGCAGCUCUUUAAACGAAGAAAUGUGGAGCUAAUUAAUGAAGAUGCUGCUAUGUCUGACAGUCCUCAUGUAGACUCAUUUGUCAGUUCCACCACAGGUGGGGAAGGUGUAAUCACAAGGGAGAUGGUGGAAAUGCUGUUCUCCGAGGACCCUGAUCUUCAGCUACUAACUACCCAGCGCUUCAGGAAACUGCUUUCAAAAGAGCCCAAUCCUCCAAUAGAUGAAGUGAUCAAUACUCAGGGUGUGGUGGACAGGUUUGUGGAGUUCCUCAAAAAAAGUGAAAACUGCACAUUGCAGUUUGAAGCUGCAUGGGCAUUAACAAACAUUGCCUCGGGCACUUCACUACAAACCAAAAUAGUAAUAGAAGCUGGAGCAGUUCCGAUCUUCAUUGAAUUGUUGAGCUCUGAUUUUGAAGAUGUCCAAGAGCAGGCUGUUUGGGCACUGGGGAACAUUGCUGGAGACAGUUCUGCCUGCCGUGAUUACGUCCUCAACUGUGGCAUCCUCCCUCCCUUGUUGUUACUCCUCACAAAAUCCACCAGGUUGACAAUGACACGAAAUGCUGUCUGGGCCUUGUCAAACUUGUGCAGAGGGAAAAACCCACCCCCUGAAUUUGAGAAGGUGUCAUCGUGUUUGCCAGUCUUGUCACGCUUACUCUUCAGCAGUGACUCAGACUUGCUGGCAGAUGCAUGCUGGGCCCUCUCCUACCUGUCGGAUGGCCCCAAUGAGAAAAUCCAGGCUGUAAUAGAUUCAGGGGUGUGUCGGCGACUGGUGGAACUGCUGAUGCACAGUGAUUACAAGGUGGCCUCCCCAGCUUUGCGAGCUGUUGGCAACAUUGUGACGGGGGAUGAUAUCCAGACCCAGGUGAUCCUGAAUUGCUCAGCUUUGCCUUGUCUCCUUCAUCUACUCAGCAGCUCCAAAGAGUCUAUCCGGAAAGAAGCUUGCUGGACGAUCUCCAACGUAACAGCGGGGAACAGCGCUCAGAUACAGGCAGUCAUAGAUGCCAACAUUUUCCCAGUGCUGAUCGAGAUCUUGCAGAAGGCUGAAUUUCGCACAAGAAAAGAAGCUGCUUGGGCAAUCACAAAUGCAACAUCGGGAGGAACCCCAGAGCAGAUCAAGUAUUUAGUCAAUCUUGGCUGCAUCAAGCCCCUGUGUGACCUUCUGACUGUCAUGGACUCCAAGAUCGUUCAAGUGGCCCUGAAUGGCCUGGAGAACAUUUUGCGACUGGGUGAACAGGAGGCCAAGCAGAAUGGCUCUGGCAUCAACCCCUAUUGCAGCCUCAUUGAGGAAGCUUAUGGCUUGGAUAAAAUAGAGUUUCUCCAGAGCCAUGAAAACCAAGAGAUCUACCAGAAAGCCUUUGAUCUGAUUGAGCACUACUUUGGCAUCGAUGACGACGACUCCACUUUGGCUCCCCAGGUAGACGAGGCCCAGCAGCAGUUUAUAUUCCAGCAACCAGAGGCCCCCAUGGAAGGCUUCCAGCUAUAACAUGUGUGCAGAGUGGGGGAAGGGGGGAGAACAUCGUAACUUUGUUGGAAAGUUAACUGCAGAGAGCCUUCACACCCCCAGCCGUGUUCUCUUCUCAGCCAAACAAAAGGCUGCAAAGUGCCCACUCCACCUGUUACAAAACAGCUUUCUCCUUCACUGACACAUGGCAGCAGUACUUCGCGCUCAUGAAGAAGAAGAAGCAGAAGAAGAGAGAUUCUUACACACAAUACAUUUUUUUUCUUUUUGCUGCUGCACAUGUGUGUCAAAAAAGCAGGUGCUGAGGUGGAUGAAAGUGGAGGUGUAAAUCAGUUACACCUUCUAGUGUGUGGUUUUCCUCUGGGGUUUUUUGUGUUGGUUUUUCCUCAAAUGUGUAUCUUCAUUUGGGUACUUGAGAGAUGACUUUUUUCCAGUGGGAGAAGGCAAAAUAACUUAGAUCACAACCAAGGAAUUUAAUCCUGGAUGCUUGGGUUCAACUAUUUAAAAAAAAAUUCUUUUUUGCACAUCUUGAUUUUUAUUAAAGACUCUUGAUUGAUCUGCCAAAAGCAGCACUUUGGCCCUCAUUGUUCUGUGUCCCCCCGCCCCCCGAAACCCUCUUGCCAAACAGCACCUUUUCAAGGGAUUUGGGCCAAGUUACUGCUGCUCCUGCCCCCUCCGCAAAAAUAUUCCUGUACCCAGAUGCAGGAAAAGUUGGACAGCCCCAUCCCACCAGGCAUCGGAAAGACUGUCCUUCAUGGAGGGAUUCUUUUCUGAACUGCUUCAGAAUUCAAACAGUGCAGCAGUUCCCACUGUCUCCGGAAGGCCCAGUCUAAGGAAGAGGAAGAGGCCUAGGUUAAAAGGACUCAAAGCACAGCUAACCAUGAAGGUGGGCUUCUCUUACAUUUGCUACUGACUGAAGUGUUGAACUGGUGGAGGAAACCUCAUCCUGCAUCUUUACUUGAAGAAAAAUUUCAAACCUUAUUGAAGCCUUUUGGUUCCAUGUCAUUUAUUUUGAAAGGAAUUCUUUCCCUUUUUUGGGGUCUUGGCUGGCUGGGGUGGGGACAAACCUGACAUGUUUCCUGGAGCAGGUCUUGCGCCUGCACUGCACUUGGUGCACAAUCUGCUCUCAGCUCAAAGAGUCACGUGGCCUGUGUUUUCUCAGAAUUACCUCCUGCUCAACUGUGUCGUAUACAUUCUACUUCAAAAUGAAGAAGAGAAAGCUCUGUAUUUUUUAUAUAUUAUAUAUACACGUAGAUAUUUGUCUAAUUUGGUCUCCAGAGGGGGGGAACUAUAAUUCUUCUAAGGUAUAUAUUAGGAUACUGUGUGGCAGGCCUGCCUAGGAACACAUGGCCAUGAAAACCUCUUUGGUUAUCUUGAGUUCUCCUUCUACCUACUGUAGGAAGUGCCAGAUUAGUUGAACUCCCUUUACCAGGUAUAGAUUACUUGGCCAAGGCAAACUAUCAGCUUAUUUCUGCGAUGGGGAAUGGCCCCUUCAGAUUGCUUAAAUGCUUAUGGUAUGCACAUAUCCCCUCCCCCUUUUCUUCUUCUCACUCGCCGACAUUUGAAUUCAGGGUUCCCAAAGCAUUCAAGAAGAGAAGUUCAGGCAGGUGUGAAGCUAGAUAAGAAACCUUGGGCUGCAUUUUGUAAUAGAGAUUUGCUCUUUGUUGUUUAAAAGGAAAAAAAAAGUGAAACAAAUGCCAAGGAAACUAAUAAACUACAUCUGUGCAUUCAGUGAUUGCAAUCCAGAUAA